GGAGAAAUGGAUGAGAAUAUAGAGACGCAGGUCAAGGAGUCUCUGCAGCAGCUGCCGACGACCCAGCAAGAGUCGGAUACCCUGUCGCGACACGAAGACGUGUUCAACAUCUAUGAUUAUGUCGCUGUUACUGGCAUCCGAGUUGACCGAGUCGAACCCGGACUCGUCGUCUCUACUUUCAAGGUCCCUCCCCGCCUCACCGACAGAGCUGGAAAUUUGGCCAAUGGUGCAAUUGCGAACAUUGUUGAUAUAGUAGCUCACUCCCCAAUUUACGUCGUGGGCCAACCUGCUAAUGUUUCAGUAGACAUUUCCAUCUCCUAUGUGUCAACUGCAAAGGUCAAUGAUGAGUUAGAGAUCACCUCAAGGUGGUUAGGACAAAGAGGACGUUAUUCUGCAAUACUUGUGUGCCUGAAAAACAAAGCAACUGGGGAGAUCAUUGCGGAAGGUCGGCAUUCAAUGUUUCUUUCAAAAGUUGUUCCCAAGCUCUGAGUCUCCCUAGUCAUUUCCAUCGAGACACUUAUAUAAAGGAACUCUAUAUGAUGGAAGCUCUUGGGUGAGAAUAAGUUGAAUCCCAUUAGGUUAGACGUGUGUAAUUAACUAUCAUCUGCGUGUUACAUGAUCAGCAUCAAGCAUCCGACCUUGAUUUGUCAUUACGGAGCAAGGACUGCGAAAAGAGCAACAUAUUUUUCAUAAGGACCAAAACCUUGCACCCAAAGUUGUUGAGACAACUAGGACGGUAUUGUAGAAAAUAAUGCUCAUGAGAAACAUAGCAACUGUGGAGCCGUGGAGGUCAUUGCUGAAGGUUAACACAAACCAGGCUUUCUUCAGUAAACAUUUGCAUACUCUGAGUUGACAUUGAACCCCAAUGCAGUUCCUUUCUUCGGUUCCUCUUUUGUGAUUAUUUGUUUGUACUGAGCUAGAUUUGGAUUCUUAACAAUGAAGUUCAUCAGUAGCCUGGCUUUAUAUUCUUUUCC